AUGAAGGCCGCCGUCAAGUCCUUGCUGGUGCUCAGCAUCUACGCGGCCAACGUGCUCAGCGCACAGGCCGCCUCGCUGGAGCACCUUAACCUUUUCCUCAACGCCCGCCAGGCCGAUACCUCGAACCAGACCGAUGCCUCCUUCCCCAAGUGGAACAUCAGCUCAUCAGACAACUCUGCCCUUGCCACCGCACCUCUUGCUGGUACCUUCUACCGAGGUGGACCCGAAUUCUCAGACAUCAACAGCCCCUUCCACCCUGUCACUGGCAACGGUGGUUGGGAGUGGGCGGUCGAGAAGGCUCGCGGCAUUGUCGAUCAAUUGACGCUCGCCGAGAAGGUCAACCUUACCGCCGGUAUCACGGGUGGCCGCUGUGAAGGUACGCUCGGUCGUGUCGACCGUUUCGGAAUCCCAGAGCUUUGCUUCCAGGAUGGUCCCGCCGGUUUCCGUGCCUCCGACUUUGUCACCGUCUUCCCCGCCGGUGUCACUACUGCUGCCACAUGGAACCGUGACCUGAUCUACAAGCGUGCCGCUGCUCUUGGCUCCGAGUUCGUCGCAAAGGGUGUCAACGUCCACCUCGGCCCCGUCACGGGUGGCCCUCUUGGACGAAGCCCCUUCCAGGGUCGUAACUGGGAAGGCUUCGGUCCUGACCCUUACCUGCACGGUGAGGCUGCCUACUACACCGUCUCUGGUACCCAGUCGGCCGGUGUCAUCUCCACCGCCAAGCACUUCCUUGCAUACGAGCAGGAGACCUACCGUCAGCUCUACGCUGCCUCGGAUCCUUAUACGCUCAACCCCAACAACAACACCUACCUUACCUACAGCUCGAAUGUCGACGACCGUACAAUGCACGAGCUCUACCUCUGGCCCUUCAUGAACGCCGUUCGUGCUGGUUCUGGUGCAUUGAUGUGCGUCUACAACAGGAUCAACUCAACGCAGGGCUGUGAGAACAGCGCUGUGCUCAACACCAUCCUCAAGGACGAGCUCGACUUCCAAGGCUUCGUCGUCACCGACUGGUCGGCUGCUUUCAACACGAGCAACACCUACAACGGCGGUUCGGAUGUCAUCAUGCCCGGUGGAAUGACUACUGGUGGUUACAAGAACCUCGUCGGUGGGUCCGACCUCGUUCGUGCCCUCGACGCUGGCGAGGUCAAGAUCGAGCGUAUCAACGACGGUAUCACGCGUCUCUUGGCUCAGUGGUACCUUCGUGGUCAGAACGAGGGCUACCCCACGGUCAGCUACAAGGACGGCUACCAGAACACCAUCUUCAACGGCAGCGUCGUCAACGAGCACCGAAACGUCCAAGGAGACCACUGGAAGAUCGUCAAGGAGAUCGGUGAGGAGGCGGUGACUCUGAUCUACAACAAGAGGUCCAACGAGGCUGGUCCUCAGGGCAGCACCGAGUUCGGUCUCGGUCUGCCCCUUAACAAGAAGGCCCGUGUCGGCGUGUUUGGUAGCGAUGCUGGCUCCAACCCAUACGGCAUCAACUCGUGCCAGUCGUGGAUCGGUCUCGGAUCGCUGCUCUGCCCUGCCAACGCUACCUCGAACGGUACUCAGGCUAUUGGGUGGGGUUCGGGUGCAGGAUUCUUCCCUUACCUCAUCGACCCUCUGGCUGGUAUCUCGCAGGUUGCCAAGGAGAACCACGGUGCUGUUCUCGACAACCUCAACGACGUCGGUGAUGCUCAGAAUCAGAUGCUCGUCAAGCAGGCCGCCAGUCUCACGGACGCCGCGCUCGUCUUCGUUCAGGCGCGUUCCGGCGAGAACAGCGAUCGUCAAUCGCUUCGUCUCGACGCCGACGGUGAUGAGUUGAUCAAGCUCGUUGCCUCCACGAACAACAACACGAUCGUCGUCAUGCACACCGUCGGACCGGUUCUCAUGGGAGACUGGUUCCACCACCCCAACAUCACCGCCCUCGUCCUCCCGCACCUGCCUGGUCAGGAAUCCGGAAACUCUCUCGCCAGCGUCCUGUACGGUGAUGUCAACCCAUCCGGUAAGAUGCCUUACUCCAUCCUCGCCGAUAAGGAUGCGGACCACUACCCCAAGAUCGUCGGUACCCCCGCCAGCGAUCCGCAAGUGGACUUUACCGAGGGAUUGUACAUCGACUACCGCGCCUGGGACAAGAUGGGUCUCACGCCACUCAUCCCCUUCGGUCACGGUAUCUCGUACACCAACUACAGCUACUCCAACCUGCAGAUCCAGAAGUCCGCCGAAAACUGCUACGCACCCAGCGCGUUCAAGUCGAACAAGGACAAGCAACCCGGUGGAUCCGGUUCGCUCUUCCAGUACCUCGUCGAAGUCACCGCCUCGGUCCAAAACGUCGGUGGUAUGCAAGGUGACGAAGUCGCCCAGCUGUACGUCGGCUACCCAGAGGCAGCCAAUGCACCGAUCCGACAGCUGAGAGGGUUCGACAAGGUGCAAGGGUUGCAGCCCAAGGGAGAGGCAAAGACGGCGACGUUCAAGCUGACCAAGCGAGACUUUACGGUGUGGGAUGUGGUCAAGCAGAAGUUCGAGGUGGUGGACGGAGAGUACAAGAUCUGGGUGGGUAAGAGCUCGCGUGUCAAGGAUCUGACGCUCAAGGGCUCGGUCACGAUGAAGAACGGCCAGGUCGUUGGCAUGAGCUCGUAG